GGUGCAACAGGCAGUCGAGGACUGUUUGGCUUCUCUCGUCCUCAAAUUGACCGAGGAACAGAGGUCUAAGACUGUCACUCGUCUACUCUCCACGUUGUUGGGCUCUCCAUCUUUUGCAGAGCGGCACGGAGCUGCCCACGGAAUUGCCGGGGUCGUUCGUGGCUUAGGCAUUAUGUCAUUGAAACAGUAUGGCAUUAUUGACAAAAUUCUCCCUGCACUGGAAGACGGAAAGUCAGGCAAACGCCGUGAAGGCGCCUUGCUAUCGAUUGAACGUUUGUGCUUGGGCAUGGGCAGGCUCUUCGAGCCGUAUGUUAUCCGUCUCAUCUCCGGGUUGCUCAACGCUUUCGGGGAUGCGAACCCAAGCGUUAGAGAGGCUGCCUGGAAUGCUGCACGAGCCAUCAUGAGCAAGCUGAGUGCGCAUGGUGUUCGUCUUGUUCUUCCGGCACUGCUCCGCGCGAUUGACAGUGAGCAAUCUUGGCGAACAAAAGCACAAUCUGUUGAGCUGCUAGCGACCAUGACUCAUUGUGCCCCCAAACAAUUGUCUGCUUGUCUACCGCAAAUCGUUCCACGAUUGCUCGAAGUUCUUGUCACUUCGCAGGAACAGCUGAAAGAGGCCGGCACUCGUGCGUUGCAACACAUUGGCAAUGUGAUCCGCAACCCGGAAGUUCAAGCUUUGGUCCCCUUGUUGACAAACUGUCUGCAAGACCCAUUGGCUGACAGGAUGCCUUGUCUGCUGGCCCUACGGGACACUUGUUUCGUGCAUGUGUUGGAUGCCCCCAGUUUGGCUCUCAUUUUGCCAGUGAUCCAGCGAGCUUUCACGGAUCGAAACACAGAGGCUCGAAAAACAGCCGCACAAAUAUUUGGCAAUCUUCACAGUCUUGCUCGCAAAGAAGAGCUACAACCAUACGUUGCCAAUAUUCUUCCUCCACUGAAAUCUUGUCUUUUGGAUGCAGUCCCAGAGGUCCGCUCGGUCGCCGCAGCUGCUCUUGGCUCUCUUGUGCGUGGAAUGGGCGAACCGUGCUUCAAAGAGGUCCUCCCAUGGCUGUUGGAUACAUUGACUUGUGAAUCCUCUUCAGUGGACCGGUCUGGUGCGGCUCAGGGUCUUGCUGAAGUCCUUGGCGCUAUGGGCAUCGAUCGGCUGCGAUCCAUUUUGCCUGAUCUCAUACGCACUGCCUCUUCGGAUAUGAAAGUUCAGCCCCACGUGCGCGAUGGUUACCUCAUGCUAUUCAUCUACCUGCCCGCGGUAUUCAAAGAUGCAUUUUCUGAGUUUAUUGGUCCGGUCGUUCCUACUAUCCUAAAGUCGCUAUCAGAUGAAACCGAGUUUUUACGGGAAACGGCCCUCAAAGCUGCUCAGCGCAUCGUUCGAAUGUUUGCUGACAGCUCUGUGGAGUUACUUCUUCCGGAAUUCGAGCGUGGCAUGGGUGAUUCAAACUGGCGUAUUCGACAUGCCUCUGUACAGUUGGUUGGAGAUCUUUUGUACCAGCUCUCUGGUUAUUCCGGCAAAGGCACCACCAAGACUCAUGAUGAAGAUGACACAUUUGGCACGAAUGAAGCCCAUGAACACCUGAAGCAGAUGAUGGGUCUGGAGCGCCAUGAUCGUGUGUUGGCACGAUUACACAUCGCCCGAUCUGAUCCCACCUCGGUUGUACGCCAAUCUGCGGUGCACGUGUGGAAGGUUAUUGUGCCCAACACAUCACGCACUCUGCGUGAGAUAAUGCCCACUCUCGUUCGACUGAUUUUGUCCAUACUGGGCGCCCCGAAUCGCGAGCAGCAACAAUUGGCCGCUCGUUCUCUGGGCGACGUUGUGCGCAAGCUUGGCGAACGCAUUCUCCCCGAGAUCAUUCCACUUUUGCUGCAAAUUCUCGACUCUCCUGAUCCUGACGGUCGGCGGGGUGUGUGCAACGGCCUCAUGGAGAUCAUACGCAACUGUCCCCGUGAACAAUUGACAAAUUACACCGACGUUUUGCUCGUUCCCGUUCGUCGUGCUCUGUGUGAUGAACUUCCUGAGGUGCGUCGGUCUGGUGCCCGCGCAUUUGAACUGCUCCACAACAUUUUGGGUCUGAGGUCUCUCGAAGGCAUUUUGCCCGAUUUGAUGUCACUGUUGGACGAUUCGGAAUCGAACCCUUACGCGCUGGAUGGUCUGCGACAACUAUUAGUUGUCAAAGGAAAGGCUGUAAUGCCUUACUUGAUCCCCAAACUCAUCUAUCCAACAGUCAAUGUGAAGGCGUUCGCGUACUUGGCCUCAGUGGCUGGCGAGUCCCUGUCUCGUCAGCUUGGUCGCAUCCUCCCGGCCCUACUCACUCUGGUCUCCCAGUCGAAUGAACAGCGAACCGAUGAGGACGUUGGUCACUGUGCGGAGGUGUUGAUUUGUGUGUACGAUUUGACCGGUGUGCGCUACAUAUUAAAUGCCUUGCUCACCGGUAUUGGACCGGCCUCCACACAAAGCGCUCCCACUACCUUCGGUCAGGUUGUUCCAGGCACUGUAGCCUAUCGACUCGCCUGUCUGCGAUUAUUGAGCGCCUAUCUGGAAAUCAGCUUUGAUGCAUGUGACAUGAGCAUAGGCCACGAUGCAGUAAUCGCCGCAUCCGGCAAGGAUCGCGACAUUACUAAAUCAGAUGACGGGGAAGAGGAAAGCGACGACUAUCGAUCGGAAGACUACAGUGACGAGGACGAAGAUGAUUCCGAGGAGACGGACUCUGACGACAAUGACAUGUUGGACAAUGAGAACGAUGAACCUCCAGAUGCGAAAGAAUCUGUGAGCAAGGUUCUGAGGGAGUUCUAUCCUCUAGCACUACGUAACCUGUGUCGGUUACUGGCGUUCCGUGAUGAGGCUGUUCUGGUGUAUUGUUGGAAGUGCUUGGAAUCUCUUGUUAAGCGUUGGUCCCCAGAAACGCUUUCUACGCAAAUCAAUGAUUUACGACAAGGCAUCCGGGGUGCAGCCUCUGAAUCACACAAAAGUACACCCUCCAAAAAUUCAAAGGACUUUCUGCCUGGACUUUCUGACCCAAAACUUCCAGUCACUGUUUUAGUGAAGCUGUUUGCAGAUUGUAUUCUACGUGGUCAUCCAGACAUCAAGGAGCCUGCCUCCCAAGCUCUCCUGGAAUGUAUUACGCAUGCGAGCGGUCCCGCAUUACAGAGCAGUGUAAUCAAAGUGCUUGGUCCACUCAUCCGGCUUCUCGGCGAACGACAGACGAAUGUGGUUCGCGCGUCUGUUGUCGAGUCCCUCACUGCCCUCGUCACUAAGUGUCCGCACUCUGCCAGACCCUUUGUCACACAGCUGCAGACCACUUUUUUGAAAUGCCUGGGUGACACACAUCGUCCGAUACGAUUACUCGGUGGCAGAGGACUGGCCUCCCUUGUGGAACUCACUCCUAGACUUGAUCUCUUGCUGUCGGAUCUGUCUCGAUUCUCUACAAAUGCAGUCCUCAGCAGCUUGCCCAGUGGCCAUUUACCUGCUGGUCUCAAUCUACAGGAAUUUGCACCCACAUUGGGCACAGCAGCCACUGCCCUCACUCAAACUGGGAUCGCCAAAUACCCAGAGACGAGUUUGCAAGCUCUGCGACUCUGUCUUUUGGGAUCAUCUGGAAAAGCUAGUAUGUCUACCCUGGACUCCAUCCUUUCCAUGCUGUCUCCGCUGAUGUUUAUUCAGGACUCCGGGAGCAACAAACCUGGUUUGAUCGACGAUUCCGAACCAUGUGAUGAGGACUCGGAUGUGGAAAACAGCAGCUACGAAACCGAUGAUUCAGCUAGAGGCAAAGUUGCCGCGGUCAACUUUGAAGCGAUUCGCGUCGUAUCUUCAGUCUGCAUGGGAUGUGCCGUUGCCGCAGCCAACUCCACUCUGAGAAGGCAAUCCGGUGAUGCUCCGGUUUCCGCAGAAUCUAUGGGGUGUCUAGUUGAUAUGCUUCAACGCACAGUUUUCGUUCACUCCGUCAAGCCGGAACGCUGGACUCAUCUUCAUAGUAAAGCCAUAUUUUUGCUCGUUGUUCUGAAUCACGCUCCGAUGGCUGUGAUCAACGAACAUUCUAUACAUUCGGGAUUCUUGAAGAACAUGGAAGAUUUUCUUGCCAAACUCUGUUUAAAUGAUCAGUCGGAGGUAUGGCAGCUGGGCUACCGGUGCAUUGGCAGUUACCUUGGUCACACUGUGGAGACACCUGAGGCACAUCACGAUUGCCGUCAGCCCAUGAGUCUGCUAACCAGUGGUAUAAAGCACAGUGCUAUCGAAACACGUCUUCUAGUCACCACUGUGGCCACACAUGUGUCUUGGCGUUGGAAACUCGCGGACCCUGCGUGCUCUGAACACUCCUCCGAACUCUCUCUGCCCAUGUUUCUCUCGUUGCUUCUCGUGGGUAGUCGGGACAAAGUCAGUGGCGUUCGUCAGAGUGCCGAGGCCGCUGUGGCCGUGCUGACCCGUCUGGGAGGCCAUGCCAAUAAGGAGUCGAAUGCGGCGAUUAAGGUCUGCUUGGAUGCCCUUGACGCAGGUAAUCGCUCGCAACUGGAUUCGUUACUUCAGCGACUGCGAAAACAGUCUUGGGCUGAAGUGUACAGUCGUGGAUGCCCAAACAUGGAUAGCAUCUCCACAUCGCUUUGCUCCUGAUCCCUCUGAUCCCUCUUGGUCUUCUAACUUGGCCACCAGCACCGCCGUCUUUUCUUUUGUUCAACCGUGACCUCUUUCUAGGUCGCACAUGCGCUUGAGUUCCUACCAAACGUUUUGUAUGCCCUAGCGUCUUCCCCGACAUGUGGAUAUAACUUUGUAUAUGCAAGAUUACAUCCCUACUGUGCCGGAGUCAAAUGUUUGUUGUUAUAUCGCACCCUGGAAGAUCAUUCUUAAAGUCACUGUUGCUCAAUCUCCGAUCAUUACACCAGGGAGCCCCGUGAUAUCUGUCGACUGUUGGUGUCGUUCGCCUUGCAGCUUUUUUCUAAUCGAGAAUUUCCACCUCCUCUUCUUGCUUCGUACGCGCUUUCGCCUUUUAUUGUUAAGUCAUCUCGUCACCGUUUGCCUCCCGCA